AUGCCUCCCUCCCUCCUUGCCUGCCUCCCGCAGUGCACCUCUCCCAUGCUUCCACUCCCACCUCAAGAACCUUCACCCAGACAUAGCGGCUCGAGAGAACCCUUGUUCUCAUCGCUGCCGACCUGUCAUACUGCCGUGGCCCUUAGCCCAUGUGUUCGCUGCAACCUGAUUCAAAACGCUGCUGUCGCACGCUUUAUGAAAGACUCUCGGCUUGGGUGUGUGUGUGUGUGUGUGUGUGUGAGUGCACAGCAUUUAUCGGAGCCGGGGCUGCGGUAA